AAACAAACAUUGAGAUCAAUAUACUUAUAUUUAAAACAAACUAAUAUGGCGACAAAGAGUGAAAUAAAAUCUUUAAAUCAUGAUGAGCGAUCGCAUGUAGCUUUUAAAAACCGAUCUUGUCGCAGAGCUACAUUGUUUUGGCAUAAUUAUGAAGGAAAUUUAAUACGAUACGCCAUUAUUGAACCAGAGGGUGUACACCGGAUGAACACUUAUGUAACACAUCCGUGGUCCGUAUCAGAUAGUGAAAGUGGCGACAGACUUUUAGUCGAUAAUAAUUUCGUGUUUUAUCCCCGAUCGCAAGGGGAAGAACAAGGAUCAAACUAUGAGAGAAUUUGCAUUGACCUUCCUGUGUAUCCUUUAUGGAUCAGAUGUCUACAGGUUUUACGGAAAACGAUACCCAAAGAUACCAUCGACAGUCUACAGAUUCCUAACAAUCUGAAACACGCAUUAAAUUAUGCACCAGACAUCCAUUUUACAGAUUACACAAACUUUUGCACAGUAAAUGCACAAUGAGUCUGAUUGGAGUACACACGCAUCAAUCAUCUGUAAGUUUAAAAUGUAUAAAUGCAUUUUAAUCUGGAACAUUUCUUGAAGAAACGAUAAUUAUGCCAGUAACCGUGAACCAAUCAGAAGUUGUUUUGAGGAGCAAAACAAGACAAAGACUAUCAUUGAUUUGGAGGUCGAUAUGCAAGGGCCAAGUUGUUUGACAGAAGAUCUCUAAGUAUAUGAAAAGUCAAGGAGGAUUACGAAAAAAAAUAUUAAUGUUGAUGAUGUUGACCGUCGAACUAUGAUGUAGUUUGAGAAAUAGUUUUGCCAGAUUUACUGGAAUGGACGACAUUGCACAGCUUCAUUUUACAAUAAACUAAUUAACAUUUGAAAUAAAUGUCAAUUUCAUUGUUUUA